ACAGUGUGGAAAUGGAAAAAACGGACAGUUUUCAAACAGUUUUUCCUGUCUGCCAUUGGUCAGACCAGCACACAGUCCCGCCCCAAACACAUUUGUCUUGAUAGUCCUACCCAGAAGCCUCUGAAGUGCUGUUAGACACGUGUUCCCUUUAUAAUCUGAGAUUGUGUCUGUGGUUCAGUCGGCAGAUGCCUGUGUAUAACGGAGAUCACCGCUGGCAGCAGCUCAACCCGAGCCCCGGCGGGCCGUACCUGGCGUACCCGUUCCUGUCAUCCCCGCAGCCCCCCGUCACCAGUGAUUACCCCACAUACUACCACACCAUCAUGCCCACACCCUGCCCUCCUGUCAUGGGCUUCUACCAGCCCUUCCCGGGGCCGUAUGCGGGGCCCCUGCAGGCCGGCGUUCUGAACCCCGUGUCUGACUGCAGCGAGCGGCCGCUGCCACAGAGCCAGACGCAGAGAGGAAGAGGCGUCUCACGAAACCCCGUCCCACACAAGCAGCCGGUGAGAGCCAAGCGUCUCGUGAUGCGGAGUGUGGCGGUACAGAAGGAGGUGUGUGCCGCCGGGCCUGAUGGGAGAUCCAAGACAGUGCUGCUGGUGGAUGCGGCACAGCAGACAGAUUUCCCCGGCGAGGCGUCUGGCAGUGUCAGAUGUGCGUCGGAUCAGGCGAGUCCUCAGCAGUGGAAGAAAGCUCAGCGCAGAUGCACGUCUCAGCAGGAGUCGUCCAGCGAGCAGGGAGCCAGCGAGGCCGACAUCGACAGCGACAGCGGCUACUGCAGCCCCAAACACAACCAGGGAGCCGCCAACACCUCCACCAAUCAGCACACGGCUGCCGCGGUACGUUCAGCUCGUCUGGCCUGA